AUGUCUUGCAAUCGUCUUGGCACGUACACCUGUAUGAAAUGCAAAAUUUGUUUCUGCGAGGAACAUGUCCGUCGUAAAGGAGUGGUCAUUACAAAAUCAAAGGAAAUGCCAUGUCCGAAAUGCAACUGCCCUGUGAAAGAGACUAAAGACUACAGUGUCUCAGUUCGGCGGCAUGAGUAUGGACGGCAACAUCGUCCCGAUUAUGAUGAAGACGAGGGUAAUUAUGAACUAGAAGGACAAGUGUGCAGUGUAAACUACUAUGACGGAGAGUACGCUGAUGACGAAGAAAGUGAGGACGAUAGGGAAUCCGAUGAAUCAGACGGCAACUCGGAUGACGACUCCGACCACACAGCUGAAGAAGACCACAAAGGGAAAGAAUAA